AUGGUUGGCCAAUCGCAGAUUACUGACGUCAGCGUCACCGAAAUACUGCAAUUCGUUAGUCCCUAUGACUUGGAGGAGUUUGAGAAUGGCCAGUUUCUUGAGGAAGAGGAAAACCGCAAGAUCGCACAGGCCGCCGAAGAGGCUGCUGAAGAGGCGCGGCGUCUGCGUAAGCUUGAGAAGAUUAGGAAGAAAGGUAUCGUCUAUUUCGAGGAGCGCAAUGAAGAUCUGGAAUCGAACGAGGAAGGCGAAGUUGUGCUUGGACGUCACGGACGUGCUCGACCGACAUAUUCUCAUCUUUACAAGGUGCCAGGUGGCGGCGAAGAUGGUGGCAAGCGAAGGAGGCGAAGACGGGAUCCAAGUACCGGAGACCUGAUGCCCUUGAGUGAYGAAGAAAAUCUCCACACUAUGGGCAGCUCUGAUGAAGGUGUCGAUUUAAACAGAUCGUCCGGCCGAUCGGGUGUCAGGCAAGCACCUGCAUUGACGUCUGGACUCCAACCACCUAAGCGGCGGCGACGAAAGAGACACCCUAUCACGAAUGAGCUGAUGCCUCUGAGUGGCGAUGAAAAUGCUGGCAGCUCCGAUGGCGGGCCAAUUCUACAAUCGAGGACAUCAAGCUCCGUUCCCAUCCAAGCCGCAGGACCAAGCUAUGCGCAGACUGCGGAGCCUUCAAUGAGAUCAAACUCCAUAUUCGAGGAUUCGGGAAAACCAACUUCCGCACCGAUGCAACAGGCUACUAUCGUUCCCAGCCCAGCACGAAGAAUGCUGCCAAACGUCACAGUCGAGCUGCCAAAGCGACGCCGACGCAGGAGGGACCCAAUAACGGGCGAGCUGUUACCACUUGAYCCUGAUCCGCAGGACGUUGCAGUGUCGGAGAAUUUAUCCUCGAGCAGAUUCUCGAAUACUGAAGAGCGGCAGAAGCGCCCUAGGAGGAGAAGACAUCCAAUCACCGGCGAGUUGAUGCCUCUUGGCUGGGUCUACAACCCAAACGCCGGUGCUGAAUCCUUCGAGUCAACUGCCAAUGGUUCGUCGAUGCAAAGCUUGAGCAUCACCCGCGACAGCAAACGAGUGAAGCUCGCUUCUGAGCCGUCAUCUUCUUCCCUUGAGGACCCACGACCGGCAGUAGCACCAACGUCAGCGGCAUCGCCAAACGUCCGACAGCCAAAUGUCAUUGAACUUUCCGAAUCGGACCAAGAAGAGCAGGAUGACUCCUCCAGCAUGCAGCUAUCGAUUGAUUCAGCUCCAGCAUCAAAACCCACCACCCAGGUCCGCUCUCCCAAACACGGCAUGAUGCAGAGAGCACGAUCCUACUCCUCAUCAAACGAACCCAUUACUUUGCAAUCCUUUUUAUCCACCACAGCCACAGGCAAAGCAGGCAGAGAUGACGACGAGACUUCCGAAGACACAACCUCGGGGGAAGAGACUGCUCUGAAGAAGACGCCAUCUCAAAAGACGAGCAUCAUGAAUCCCACGGCUUCUCAGGAAAUUGCCGACGACGAGGACGAUGACCAAGACAUUGAUGAUGAACUUGAUGAGGGCGAGUACUUUGUUGAAGCCAUUCAAGCCCAUCACAUGUCUGACCCUCGCACACAUCCUGGAAAGGAAAGGGUGAUGCUAUACCACACCAAAUGGGAGGGUUGGGAUGAAAUGACUUGGGAACCUGCUGCCAGUUUCCCAGAUCAGAGUGUUGUUGAGGAAUAUCGAAGGCGUGCAGGGUUGAAGCCAUGA